GGAGAUGGGGUGAGAGCAAGAAUGGUGUUGGUGGGUGAGAAGCGUGUAGCAAGUACCAACAAAUCUUCUUCCUGCUUUCUCACGUGACACUUCCCCCCUACUUCCUCUCUCUAUCCCUUUUGUUCAUUAAUAGAAGAAAUAAAGAAAGUGAUUUCCCUUUCUGUACUUUGAAUUUCUGCAUUCCGAUUCCAGAAAUUUAACUCGUAACUUCAAAUCUUUUAAUUAAAUAAAACGAAAUAUCACCCUUAAAAUCCCCCUCAACUCUCUCUCUCUCUCUCUCUCUUGCAAACACACAUUGGUGCAGGAAAUGGCGGAUGAUUUUGGUGCUGAAAAUCUGGAAGAUGGAGAACUAUGGCUUCCCUCUGAUUUCUUCUCCAUGGACGAAGUCCAAGUCUCCAAUAAAAUCACUACUCCCUAUCACUACUGUUCUUCCUCAAACCUCUCUUGCAUGGAGGAUUCUAACUGUUUCUCUUCCUCCACUUUUCUCCACACUCAAACCCAUAAUCCUUGCCUUUCUAAACCUCUCCCAUCUUUACAGAGAUUUACGCCGGCUGUUAGGUACAGUGCUUCUGGCGGCGUCGGCGGUUGUACUCAUGAUCCUUGUGGUUGCGGAACCGGAAAUCGCUGGGCCGGGUGGUCAUCGAUUUAUCAACUUCAGCGCCUGAACCCGGUUCAAACUCAGGUUGGUGACUUUUUCGGAGAAAGAGCUUGGGCUCUGCAGAAGCAGCAGCAGCAGCAUAACCACCGGUUCGGCCAGAACCGGGUUUUUCCUGGGGUGAGGAUGGGUGCUCAUGGAGGGACCGGUGUCUUCCUGCCUCGCAUUUCAAGCGAUAUGCUCGCUGCCACUGUCACCAAAAAUCAUAAUCAUCACUACUUUGGAAAAGGACAGCGUCUGAUGAAAUCACAUGAGCUUCAACUCCCUCCUCGGAAGAUCUUGCUCAACAGGAGGCAAGAGGAAAGCGGUGGCUAUUUUGCUUCCGAGGUGCGUAUGCCUCAUAAUUGGAAAUGUUGAGAUUUAUUCCUCUGGCUAUGUAGAGUCCUACGUCGUGGGAUGGAAACAAAUAGGAAAACAGCUUCAACAAUAAGAAAAAGUGGCCAGCAUCAGAAAACUAUUGUAUUUUGAAGAUGAUUGGCUGCCCAUGAUUUGUUGUCUUUCAUGUAAAGGAAUAUGAAAAUGUUCCAUUUUGAAAGUUAUGUAUGGCAGAGUAGUGUCUUUCUCAGUGUAUAAUUAUUAACAUUAUAAUUAGCUCGCCCUAUAUAAUUUAUCAAGGGAGUAUUUAAAGGCAACAUGUAGCUAUAGAGAAUAUUCUAGGACAGACUUACUCCUAUUUAUAGUGCAGGAACAGGAAAUUGUUAAUCAUUGUUCUCCCCCCACCCCUACCCCCACAAAAGAAAAAAAACAUCAUCAACUACAACGAACCCCUGACGAAAUUACAAUUAUUUGCUUUUCGUUUCAUCCUUCCUUUCAUCACUUCAUCCUAAAAUUCAGUCAAACCAUUUACAAACGAAUGACACUUAAUUCUCAGGCGCCAAACAUCACGUCCAACCCCUCGUUAGCUCCACACCCUUUUUUUCAUCUCCUGAAACACCAACAAAGUGACACAUCCGUCUGAAUCGACAACGGACCUUUCUCCAUCUCUGUUGUCAUCAACAAAAAACCAGGCAAUAAUCAUAAUCAGUUUCCAAAUCUUGGAACUGAGAAUAAAAACUGCUCUGUACAACUUCUUCUGUUUUCCGUUUCCUGUUCUGUUCUCCGUCCCUGCUUUUGAAAAAAUCAGAGGGAGAGGUAAAUAUCUCAUCAUAUGGGGUUCCCAUCAGGUCCUCCAUCCGACGACCCUAACCAGAAAGUGGUUAUGGGGUACCCUUCCACUGAUAGUUACCACCAAUCUCAGCAAAUGUACCCUCAAGCCCCCCCGGCCUACCCUGGCCCCGGCCACCCUCCGCCUCAACCUCCGCCCCAACCUCCGCAAAUGUACCCUCAAGCCCCCCCAGCCUACCCUGGCCCCAGCCACCCUACGGCUCAUACAUCGUCUUCGUUCCAAACCCACUCUCAGCACCCCUAUGCAUCCUCUUCGUUCCAACGCCCUCCUGAUUACGACCCAUCCCAAUGCCAACAAGACGCUAAGCACCCAAUUCCCUCAGGAUAUGAGCCAUCCCAAUUCCAACAUGACACGAGGUACCCCGUUCCCUCGGGAUACGACCCAUCCCAAUUCCAACAUGACACUAAGUUCGUGAUUCCCUCGGGAUACGACCAGUCCCAGUUCCAACACAACACUAAGUACCCAAUUUCCUCAGGAUACGACCCGUCACGGUUCCAACACAACGCUACGUACCCAAUUCCCUCAGCAUACGGCCCGCCCCAGUUCCAACACGACUCUAAGUACCCAUUUCACUCCCAAUUCCAGCACGACCCUAAUCUCCCAAUUCAUGGCCCACAAAAUCCAUAUCCCCAGCCAUACAAUGACUACUAUUACCAGCAGCCGUACAAGCCUUUCGUGCCUGAAAACAGAGACCAUUCCUCGUUUGGUAAAGUGAUGCUGAUAUUGAUGAUUGUUCUAGUAGGCGGUAUGUGCAUGAUGAGCCUAGUCAUGUGGUUCCUCUUUGAAACCAACAUUCCCGAGUUUGGAGUUACAUCCCUAAAGGUUUCCAACUUCAGUGUCACAAAUACAAACUUGACGGGUGAAUGGAAUGCGGAUAUCUCGGUCCAUAAUACCAACAGGGAGCUCGCAGUCCAUUUUGAUACGAUCACGUCGUCGAUAUUCUACAAAGAGACUUUGUUGGGGGUUUCUUCAUUGCAGUCCUUUCAAGUAGAGAAGACUGAGAAAGCUGAUAUUAAGUUCAGUUUGUCAGCACUGAAUGAUGCGAAGAUGCAGGCUUUGAUGCUGCCUCAACUUGCUGAGGAUCAUAGUAAAGGGACGGUGCUUUUCAGCCUCAUACUGUCUAUGAAAGCUAAUUUUACCACUCCCACUAUGGUUUACAGACAAGCCAGCCUCAGAGUCUUGUGUGAGAAUAUGCCAAUCUCGUUUUGGAAUGACCAAGGAAAUUUGAUUGAGGGCUGGAGGAGUAGAUGUUUGAUAUAUAUGCAUGACAGCCUUAAGGAAUAAUAAUGCCAAGAAUCAGCUAAGGAAGCGCAUAAAGCCAAAAGGAGACAACCUCAAAUCAAUAGGAAUCUUGCCAUGAAAAUGAUUAAUAAGUAUGUACGCACAGCCGUCUCUUGAGUGAAUCAGUAGAUUUUCUAUGGCUGCUGGAAUUGAUAUAUCCUGUCAAACAAGCAUCGGCAGAAGAACAAAGUUUUGUCAUUAGUGUUUUUAUCAAGCACUUUUAGAGAUCGACAUGCACGGAGUACGAGUACAGGUUAUUAUGGCCUGAUUAGUGUUCUAGUUCGUUACUCCAUAAUAGAGUCUUCUUGUAUUUAGGAGGCUGGAUUGUAGACUGCGAGGUUGUAGCGAGAAAAGGGUGCUUAGUCAAUCACCAGCACAGGUUGUCUGAAUCCUAGGACAAUUUAGGUUGAGUAAGGAUUUCCUGUUAUGCUGGUGUUAUGGAACUUUUGUUCAUCUUUUUGUAUUAUGUAGAAAUUUUUCCUGUGA